AUGGCGGACCCAGUCUCCAUUCUCGGCCUGAUACUACAGGUAGUCCAUACUACAAAAAGAGUAUAUGAGUUUGCAAAGCAAGUCAAAAAUGCCGACAACGAGAUCCGCGAGUUAUUCGGGGAGCUGUUCGCGCUGAAGGCGAUUCUCGAACAGAUACAGACAGACAACAGCGAGGAAAAGGGUAUUCAAGCGGGGCCAUCGGCCUUCCGGGAUGCGUUGCUCAAGGCUAAUAGCGUCCUGGAGGAGAUUCUGGAUGAUCUGCAGAGGAGAGCGAUGCGGCAGUCGCGGUUGGCGAAGUUGGGGUGGCCGAGUAAGAAGGGAGGUCUGGAGGGGAAUAUUGCCCAGCUCGAGAGGCUGAAGACGGCUGUUGAGAAGGAGACGGCGCAUUCUAUUGAUGCUGUUGUUGACUGGAGUAGGGAAAUGAGGCAACUACGAGAAGAGAAAACGCACGAGAAGAUCAAGACGUGGAUAUGUCCCGUUGACUUCGAUUCAAUGCAUCGCAAGGCUCGCUCGCUCUGUCAGCCUGGUACUGGAGCUUGGUUCAUCCAAGGACCCUUCAACUCAUGGAUUGCCACGACGAGCAAGUACCGAUUGCUUUCCCUAGAGGGAAAAUCGGGAUCAGGAAAGACUGUUUUAUGCUCGACAGCAAUUGAAGCCGUCAAAGAUGCUAUCGCCACCCGUACCUCCAGCCAAGUGAUUUACUACUAUUGCUCAUUCCACUUGAAUUCGUCGCAGGAGCUGGUCUACCUGCUAGGAGCAUUGCUGGUGCAGCUAUCUGAGACCUGUCCAGACAUCCUCGCCGAAUUGCAAAAUUUCAAGAAACGCACCCUUCCUCUACCAGACGUACUAAUGAGUCUGCUUCUAAAAUACACAGGUGCGCUGUCAGAAUUAUUCAUCGUUGUGGAUGCGAUCAAUGAGAGCAGUGAAAGUGCAAAGAUUCUCGACGCAUUACUCACCCUCCUGGAGUCAUCGGAUAACAUUCGCAUUAUGGUUACAAGCACAACUUCGCCCCCAGUGUCAAAUCCCGCCAUUAGUAUCCUCAGGUCGCAAAUGCGACCUUCCACUAAUAGAAUUGACAUUGAGGCGUUUCUCGACACUCAGCUAAAGUCAGUCCCAUCUCUUCAACGUCUGCCGGAACACAUCAAAUCCCGCAUCAAGAAAGUCCUGCUUGAGAAGGCAGGUGGAAUGUUUCGAUACGUGCAAUGUCAGAUCGACCUUUUAAGUGCCCAGAAAACCGGCCGGGACGUCAUUCGCGCUCUGGACAGCAUGCCGGAAAGCCUGCACGGCACCUAUGAAACUAUACUAUGUCGAAUACCUUCGUAUGACCGGGAAAUUGCCAGAGAAACACUACUCUGGCUUAGUUCAGGCUACCAGGAGAUAACCCUGUCCGAGCUGAGCGAUGCAGUCAUCCUGACGAAAGGGGAUAAAACCAUUGACGACGACUGUAGACUCUUCGAUCCACAUGUCAUUCUCUCGAUCUGCCAAGGCCUAAUUGUCUACGACGAGCGUACUACAUUUGUUGCUCUAGCGCAUUCGUCAGUCAAAGCUUUCCUCACGUCAGACGCAAUCAAAGACACGCCAGCAGCGUACUACAGCCUGGACGAGACCGAGGGAUCACGCCGCAUUUGGCAAAAAUGCUUGACGUACCUGAUGCUCGACGAGUUCAGACAGCCUUGUUCAAACUUUCGCUCUCUUGAAAACCGUCGGGAAACGUACCCGCUACUCAAGUAUGCAUCCGAGAACUGGCCGAGGCACUGCAGUCCAUCCUGGCCAUCGGGCUAUCCUCUCAUUGACGCGGAAAUCAAUGAGAUUCUCUCCUUCUUCGAUACCCGACAUCUCCCCGGCGGGGGAAACUAUACGUCCUGGAUCCAGGUUCUCCUGCAUGAAGCGCCCGCUGAACAAGCCCGCCGCACGGAGCCAUUGUAUUAUGCUGCGUCGUACGGCAUCGUACCCCUGGUGGACCGACUCAUCCGCUCCGGAGCGAACGUCAACGCGGCCGGCGGGCGUAACAACGCAAAUCCUCUCAUCGUCGCCUGUUACAGAGGGCAAACGGCUACCGUUCAGAGAUUGUUAGAAGCAGGCGCAGACCCGACCGUUCAGGAUGCAAUGGAGGUGUCCAGCCUGGAAUGGGCAAUCAGGAGGCAGCAUCGUGGUAUUGUUGAGAACCUGCUAUCGCACAUGUGUAAGUCCUUGGGCAUGGGAUCAUCGGGUCUAUACUGGCAGUGUCGGGCUUGCAAGUACCAGAACCCGAUGGAGUCUACUGUGCUGCCGUGUGCUUCUUGUGGGAUUGAUUUAUUUGAUCCGUAUGCUACUAGGUCCGGGGGCUCUGCGCCACGGAAGAUCAAGGCUUGGUCGCGCAUUGGUCGUAUUACCGGCGAACCACGAGGUCAUCAGGUGUCGUCCGAGUCUUGA